AUGGAGCAAUUUUCGACCUCUAAGGUGACGGUCGAGUGCUUCGACCCCCACGACGUCUACAAGCUCGCCGCCCCCGGCCUCAUCCCGAGACUCCCCCUCCGAAACCUCCACUGGCAAUCGCAUGCCGGCCACCUCCGCUCCAUCAAUACCUUACAUGUGGACCUCAUACUUGCGGGAGAAGAGGUGGACUUCAACAAGUCUGACCCUGCGCUUCGACGUUCUGCGAGCGUCAGCACCAACCAAGAUGGUUUCCAGACCCAGACCGUUGGCGGUGGCGGGGGACCGGCUACCCCUAGCGAAAGCUCCGAGUCGCCAUCCGUAGUAGCGACGCAACCACAGGCGAAGGCACGCCGACAUCAGAUACCUGGACUGAGGCGGACCCCGUACCUCAAGGUCCUCUUUGUGCGAUGCGACGACAACGAUUCCUACAAGAGCCAGGUUCGAUCCGAGAUACGAGAGUGGAUCAAGAAGAAUACGGUACCGCAGGGCUCAAGCAAGAAGGGGACUAUCGAGGCACAUGAUGCAUUUGACUGGUUGAUCGUGCAUGUGGUCUUACCUAAUACUGUUGCUGCGACGCAGCCGAGGACAAGCGGAAAGGGCGCAGAUGCCUCGGGCUCAGAGGCAAAGAGCACUUCAAGGUGGAGGGGUGGUUCUUCGACGCUAUUGGAGAAGUUACAGGCGGACUUUAACGUCACGGGGAAGAACUCGGUGGAUCAUGUCGCGCAGAUUCGGGUCGGGAUUAAUGACGUCCCCUAUGACAUGUUGCCACGAGUGGUUCCUGCCGUCCCGUCGGGAUACGUAGAGACGGAGCAGGACGUCGAAGCGGCGUGGCAAGAUACGAUUACGAAGCUAAAGGCGCGCAUCUUGACUUCGUUUGAUAUACGAGUCACCCGUUACGAAGAGGAUAUCAAGGAAAAGGACGCUCAGCGCAUUCUGCCCGGCUGGAAUUUUUGCACUUUUUUCAUCCUGAAGGAGGGGCUGGCUCGCGGCUUUGAGAGCGUGGGCCUCGUGGAGGACGCUUUGGUUGGUUAUGACGAGCUCAGCGUUGGCCUUGACAUGGUCAUCGCGAAACAGGCGGCCUCUGGCUCCCCCGAGAGCCAUGGUGGAGCGCUGCUGCCUUACACAAACGAUCUGAAAGAAGCUGUCGAUAAGGCUUUGGCGUCGCUAAACCCUGAAGCGGGGGAGACCACGGAUGAGGAGUCUGUCGACCUCCAAGCCGGCGGCGACGACGAAUUCGAAGAUAUUCCGAUUAUUGCUACAAGAAAGCCGUAUCGAGAUAUGAUUCUAGCCAACAAUGUUUCCCUUUUCGACUUCAAGUGCUACAUAUUUGCUCGCCAGAUCGCUCUAUUACUUCGCCUCGGAAACGCCUGGUCUACGCGGGAGGAACUCGUGGCGAAGUUGAAUGAGCAGCGGGAGGCAGCUCUACGGGGAGUGGACCCCCGGAUACCGGCCGAGACGAAACACACGGACGACUCGGAAAAUUUAUCUAGGCUGUCGGAAAUCUGUAGACGGACACUUGAGUUUAUACCUGUCGCGUCGCAGGUUAUGCAGCGUGACAUUAUCGCCGCCGCGCAGGCGUCAGAGGCGGCCGGCAGCGAGUCGGCGGAACCGAAAAAACUGCCUCCAUCGCUCUCUACGGUCGUGGACAACAUGGUGGCGUCAUUCGCUUUUUCCGUUGCGCAGCAGGUGCUCGCUCAAACCUCAACCAAGGCCCUUCCCAUACCCCCUUCUACUCUAACUACUCCCGACGGCCACGAGCCUAAGCUUUCCAUUCCUGAACCGAAAACGAUGAUGCACCCGGCGAGGACGUCAUCUCUUAAUAUGCCAGCAGGCUCACGUCCACCGCCAAGUCCCAACGUGUUCCCAGGUCCGGGCCGGAGUUCGAAGGUAUCAGAAAAGGACGCUACAGCCCAUUCACACUUCCUCAAAGCUGGUCUGGAGGAACUUGCCGCUAGGCGAGCCGAGCUGUACAGUCUAAGUCGAAAUAUCUUGGAGAAGUUGGGACGCACCAAGGGCUGGAAUGAUGGAUGGAACCAAGUGCCCAUCCUGCCAGACAGCAUCGAUUACUCAACAAUGGAAGACGUUAAUCUUGAUGACGACGACUCGUCUCAAUCAAGCAGCGAAUCAUCAUCCGUGGACAGCGAGAAAUUCCUCUCACACUCUGUUCUGUCGAACCGACUGCUUAGCGCCGCUUUUGCGAGCAAAGAGGAUUUCUACCGGCUGUAUGAAACUCUGACGGACAAGGCGUUGAGACACUAUACGGUAGCGAACCAUACGCACUCCAUCAAGUCCUGUCUGGCCGACUUGGCGGUCUUUAAGUACCAAGCUGGCGAGUACCCCGAUGCUGCGGGGUACUUUGACCGCGCCACUCCCUUCUUUGGCGAGAAUGGGUGGACUCUGCUCGAGUUGUCCAUGCUUAUAAUGUAUUGCCGAUGUCUCAAGAAGCUGGAUAGGGAGAAGAAGUUGGUCCAGGCGGUGUUGAAGCUGCUUAUGGGCGCUGCGGCGGCUGAAGCUGAGUACGCCAAGCAGUCGUCGCUGAUGAGGCUCAGGAGGGGUCGCCCUGAUUUGUCAGCUGUCAAAGGUUUCGUCGAAGAGCUCUUGGCGGCUUCGACGGCUCUUCCGGAAGAGAUCAUUAUUCCACUGAGCAACUUCUUCCUUGAUAUUGAUAUCUGUGGAACAGUUAAGUACCUAGAUGGCUCGGACUCGUUUUCGCUUGAUGUCGAGCUCAACAGUCUAUUGCAAGAUGAUCUGCCGAUUCAGAGAGCUACGCUGAGGCUGGCGUGUGUUGAUGGUGGGCCGACCAAGGAGAUUCGUCUCGAAAGUGCUGGGAAGCAAGUUGUCAAGCCAAAGAGGAGCCGUAUGACUUUUAUCGGCAAGGCCGUCACAACGGGACGAUACAAAGUUGAUCAACUCUUUUUAGAGAAUGGCAGGCUUGUUCUCAGCUACGAACGGGACGUAAAUCAAAUCUCGCCUGAAGGCGAUACGAUAUUCCGGAGCCCGCCGAUUCUCCUUUUCCAGCAGACGCACUCGUUUGAUAUUGGCCUGACAGCGGCCAAGCAUACUCGGCUUGAUCAGAACAACGCGCUCGAAAUCGAAAUUUCAACCGGGUGGAACUCGAUUAAAUCAUGCGAAAUUGCUAUUAAACCCGCCACGGGAGGACUGCGCACGAUUACCGCCGAAGCUAAGGUCUUAACACCAGAUGUCUCCUUUGCGAAGCCUCCGGAGGCGGGUAUGCUCUUCUUCAGCGACCUCGAACCCGAAUCUAAGGUUACUGUUAGCUUCCCCUUCUCUGUAGAGCAGGAUGUCCCCAAUGUCACGGUCAGGCUCGAGGUGAGCUAUGCUACCAAAGAUGGGGUCUUCCGCUGCACCAAGUUGGCAUCGGUACCCAUUGCGCUGGCCCUUGGAGUGAACGUCCAGGAUGUCUUUAAGCACCAUGCGCUCUAUUCUCGAUUCACCGUAUCAACGGCUAGCUCGAGUCCCCUGAGGCUAUUCAAGAGUGAGCUAGUGGAUUCGGAGAUAUUCGAGUCUCACUUUGGUAUCCCACCCGCCGCUCCCGUUCUCGUCUUCCCUAAGCAGCCGGCGACCCUGCUAUACAAGAUUACACGCAAGAAGGCCAAGCCUGGGCCGAAGACUAAAACUACAAUGUACUUAAAGUUACACUACAGUGAAUUGCGCGAGGAAGUCGAUGCUCUCCUGCGCUCGUCCCUCGAGGAAGCCCUAGGAGAGAACGAUGUGGGCCGCUUCUCGAGGCUUCUUCUACCUGUUAUCAUACGACACGCGCGUCAAAAAAUCACAGCCUACGACCUCGAGAGGACGGCGCUGACAGGAGCGGUACAUACAGGUUUCCUGACGGGGAUUAACUGGAAGCAGGAACUCCGAGGCGUCGAUCAGCAUGGCUCGUCAAAGACUACUGGCGUCUCUGACAUUAUCGCCUUCUUCGAGUCAUGGCAAAAGAAGAACAAGACGCUCUCCCUCGAGCGUCCCACGGACGGGUCGUCAGCUCGGUCCCUGUUGAUACCGGUCGAUAUACCGCCCGUCCCCGUUCUUGUGACGGCAGAUAUCAAGCUGAACGUCGACUUGCCCUUCCUCGCUCAGCAAGAAUACGACGGCGUUCCGACGGCGUGUAUAAACCAACUCCUCCCCUCGAGUCUUCACCUCCGGUGGACCCGUAAGUGGGACAUGACAGUCCUAGCCAAGAGCGGCACCACCGACACGGGAGCCCGCGAAGUAAGCUUCGAAGUAACAGCUCCUCCCGAAACCUGGCUUAUCGGCGGCCGAAGGCGAGGCCACAUCCGGAUCCCCGCCAACUGCGAAGAAAACUCAGACCCCAUCGAGAUGCCCCUGAUGCUCUCGCCGCUCCGCGAAGGCUGGCUUCCCUACCCUUCCGUGGACAUACGCGAAGUAAAGUUCGAAGGCACUCGCGGUGACAACGGCGAGCAGACGCACGUCGGGACGCACUGCGAGACAGAUUUCAAGAAUCUCGGGGAGGUGGUGAGGGUUAUUGCGGAUCGGGCGAGGGUGACGUUGAGUUUGGAUUCGAGUGGGCCGGGGGGUGGGCCGUUGGUUUUGGAGAGUGAGAGGGUGGGGAGGGAUAUGAGGGUUUUGGCGUGA